AUGUCUACAGCCUUGAACCAUCAACCUUCCCCUUCUUUCUGUAUCGAAGCAAUACCGAGAAAAGAGAGAAAAUGGCUCUCGCUUCUGUCUCUGCGGUUUGGCGCGGUACUAUCUACCAUGAUAGCGAUAAUCUGCUUUGCCUGGGCCAUGGUUCAGCAUCGUGAAGGAGUCGUUUCAAGCGAUGGACUAGGAGAAGCAUGGUCUAGCAUGAACCUGGGAACAGCCUCAUACGGAUUCGUUUGGUCCACUCUCUUCCUCCUCGUCGUCUUUUGCAACUGCGUAGUCCACCCUGGUGUAAUAGUCACAUUCGACUGCAUUGCUUGCAUUGCUCAGUUUGUCACAGUCUGCUUUGAUUUGCACGAGCUUGCCUAUUGGAACCUUGGUGGUUAUGGUUACUCCAGUACCCAUGAUGUCGGCCCGUUGUAUGGGGCCGAGUGUUUGGGGUGUUCUAUGAUGCUUCUUGGAAUCCUCUUCAACCUCAUCCUUUGUGUGCGUGCCUCCAUAGCCUGCCAUGAGCUGCGGAAGGCUGGAAAGCAGCUAGAUUCCAAACCCCCUUUGGACGCAUGA